GUCAGCAGAAAAUGUCAGUUGCAAACGCACCGGUUUGAGGUGAGCAUGGAUUUUUCAAACUAAGUUUUCUUCUCCUUUGUUAUUUCAAGUGGUUUUAUUUCAAGUGUUAAACAUAAUUGUUUUUAUCAAAUAUCAUGACAGAAAUUGUAAAGUGAAACAAGUGAUAUGUCGAAAAAUAAUCAGUGAUUGUGUAUUUGGUAUAUACCAGUGAAAAGUUUUAAUGAAAAAAAAUAUGAUAGUUUUUGUUUAUAUAAACCAAUAAUUCUUAUUCGAUAUAAGGUUUUUUUUUCUUUUUUUUAUAUUCUUUUUAAAAGUGUACACAAGAUAAAUGAUUGAAAGUUAAAUUUUUUGCAUCGAUAAACGGAAGAAAAAAUGAGCGAUAAUCCAAAAUUGGAAUUUGCACUAGGCAGCGAAGUUUCAAUGGGACAUUUUUUCAAAAGUUCCUUUGCAAGAUCAUUUAUAUCAAAUUGUCGUGAUUCAAAAUCACUUGAUUAUGAAUUUUUGGAUAAUGGAACAAUCACCGAGGAACCUGAAAGUUUGAAUAAAGGAAAAAAUAGUAAUUUUUAUUCACUGAUGAAUUUUGGCACUGGUAAUGAUGAUGAAGAAGGAAAUGACAGUGAACAAAGUCGAUCUAUUUGGAAAAUUGGAGAGACAUCAACGAAAACAAUGGAAACGGUCGAGUUGGAGAAGCUUCGAAAGAAAUGCCAGGUGCUCAAGGAAGAAAAUCAAAGGUUACAGGACGCUCUGACUGCAAAUCGAAUGCCUCGUGUUCAAGUCAUCGACAAUGUUUUCCUCCAAACCCAAGUCAAUACACUACAAUGGCAACUUAAACAGACUGAAUCAAAUCGACAAAUGUACCGUUCAUUGAUGGAGCAAGUGGUUCGUUUCUUGGAUCGAACCCGGAAGAGCCUUGACAUUCUUCAUGAGAAGAGCAGUGCCAAGGACAAAGGCCGGGUACCAAGGAGUCGUAGCGUUCACACUGUUCAUAUUGAACCCUCACCAAGCCCAGGAGCUUCGACGACGUCAUCAUCGUCCUCUGAAUCCUCCAGGUUUACGAGGGCAAAAUCAGUUAAUCAAAUAUCGCCAAGUCCAUCUUUACUCAAAGAUUUUACAUGGUCAGUUUUAAGAAGAAACGAUUCUAUUCAUUCAACAACGCCAAGAUUUAAAAUUGCUGCAUCAAAACAAGAUUUAAAUAAAACACACGAUGGUGUUGUUUAUCGACGACCCAAACAACAUGAACACGAUCCUGAUUUAGUGCCACCAGAAAAAUUGUCCCAGGAGGCAUUCAGAUUGAUGAGAACUGUUCAAUCAUUAUUGGCAAUGCGUGAUCCGGAUUUAAUGAAAAUGACAUCAAUGGAAAAUAAUGGUUCAAUAACAUUGUCCGAUGAUCAUCAGCAUCAUAAUAAUAAUCAUCAUCAUCACGAAAUGUCAUUAUCGAUGCAGCCGAAUAAUUUUGCCAAUUCAACAACAUUACCCGAGACAUCGUUUGUCAGCGAUCAUGAUAGCAGUGAUCGUGGCAAUGAAUCGUGCAAUGAAACCGAAAACAAUAAUAAUAGAACGAUAUGUAAAAAUUCCACAAAUACAAUUGAUAAUGCCAAUGAUAAUUUGUCAUUAUUGCCAAGAGCAAGAAGAUCACUUGAUGCAACAUCUUUAAAUUCAGGAAGCAGUAAAACAACAGACGAUGAGGUUUUAACAAAUACCGAUAAUUUCGUUGUUGUUGAAUCAAUAUCGAAACGUGAUUUUUUCACUGGUGAAUCACGAUCGAUUAAAAAAAUUGAAAAAGAUGUUAAAAUAAGACCAAAACCAUCGAAUAGCGUUAGUAGCGCGGAGGAUGAAAGUGGAUUUUCCUCCAUGAGCUCAUUUCAGGAAGUUGGAUUGCCAUCGGCGAUUCCAUUUUCUUCACCAGUAAAAGGCUGCCAUACAGAAGUCGGACUUCCGGAAGUGCCACUCGAUAAAGUGAGACAUCGACGCUGGUCCUCGACUCCAGCUGAAAUUCAAGCUCUCUUCAAACGCCAUAGUGGCAGUUUUGCAAAUUCUCAGACCACAACAGAAUCGUUAAGUGUCUGGGUUUGAAUCCGAAUAAAAAAGGAGUGCAAUUCUUGGAACAAUUUACCGAUAAUUAUCGUCAGAAUUCUUUUUUUUUUUUUUUUUUUUUUUUAAUUUCAUUUUUCGUUUUCCACUGUAAAUAGUUAUUAGUCUCGCUAAUUAAUGUGAUCUUCGCUUUAUAGUUAAUACUUUCGCAGAAAGCUUUUUUUUUCACUCCCUCAUACAAUUGUGAAUAUUGUUCUUUUUUUUCUGAACUAAUGUCGAUCAGAGGGGCAAUGAUAAAUAUUAGAUAUUUUUGUUUUUUUUUAAUUUUUUUAUUUACUAUUUCAAAAUUACCUUCUGGAAAAAAAAUUGAUAAAGACUGGUAUUUGAAAUAAUCAUUGAAAAUAGUUUUAAUUUUUAGAAUUUUAAGCUCUCGCUUUAUUUAAAUUGAAUUAUUAAAUGAAAUUUCGUCGAAUUUUAUUCUCUGUUAAUGCAUUCGAUAAUUGUAUUUUUGAAAAGAUUUUUUUUCUCUUUUUUUUUGUUUAAAUAUGGCUAAUAAUAUAUAACAAACAAUUUUUUAUUUAAAAAGAAAAAUAUCAAAAUACCAAAAAAAAAAAAUUAUGAAAAAUAUUUUUAAAAAAUUAUAAAAUAAAAAGCGAAAAAGAAACAAAUGUUCGUGAUGCUAAAAAAAAAGAAAUGAUUCAUAAUAAUUAUUUAUGAUACUAAAGUUUUUGUAUAACUUUCAUAUCUAGUGAUACAUAUUUAAAACAAAUUCGUACAUAUAUAUAUGCAUUUAUUUAUUUUAAGAAAACUCUUGUGUCAAAAUUUUGAAUUUCUUUUUAGUGAAUGGAAAUUAAUUUUUAUUUAAACUCUUUGUAAUUACAGUCGAAGCAUGUACGUUAGUUUUUAAGUCACUGAAAAGUAAAAAUGUACUAUUUACUUUUAAGAUAUAAUUAAAUAUUUGCAUGAUAUGUCCUGCGAAUGUUUUUUUUUUUUUUUUUUUUUCUUAUAUUUUGCAUUAGAAUUUAUAAGAUUUUUCAAAUCGUCAAAGUUAAAAAUUUGAAAUUUAAUUAAAGCUCGUUUACGCUAAAAAGUGACUGUAUUAUUAAUUUUGAAAUUCGUUUGUUUGCAUUUAUCGUUACUUUUACAGGGUAGAAAGAAAUGUUUAUUUGUAACGUAUUUGUUAAAUAAAACGUAGAUUUCAUCAACUCUCAAACAAUUAAAUUUGUUU